AUGGCCUCCAGGGAUUUGGUCAUAGGAGUGAUCUUCCUAACCCAAACUGUGGUCGGAAUCUUGGGGAAUUUCUCUCUUCUUUACUAUUAUAUCUUCCUCUCUUUCACUGGGUGCAGGUUGAGGCCCACAGAUUUGAUUGUCAAACACCUGGUUGCAGCCAACUCCUUAUCCCUCCUCUGUAAAGGAGUCCCCCAGAUGAUGGCAGCUUUCGGGUGGAACAAUUUUCCAGGUGAUUUUGGAUGCAAACUUCUUUUCUAUCUUCCCAGAAUAGGCAGGGGUGUGUCCAUAGGCAGCACCUGCCUCUUGAGUGCCUUCCAGGCCAUCACAAUCAGCCCCCAGAACGCCAGGGGGACAAAACUUAAAAGGAAAGCUCUCAAGUACAUUGACUUCUCUAUAUUCCUGUGCUGGACCGUCUACAUGCUGGUAAAUAUCAUUUGCCCUAUCCAUGUGACUGGCAAACGGAACAACAUGAGCAUCUCAAUGAGAAAGGAUUUGCAAUACUGUUCGGGGACAACUAGUAACAAAAUCACACAAUUGCUACAUGCAGUGUUGUUAUCAUUCCCUGAUGUGUUAUGUUUGGGGAUCAUGGUCUGGGCCAGUGGCCACAUGGUCUUCAUCCUGCACAGGCACAGGCAGAGGGUCCAGCACAUUCACAGCACUAAUGUCUCCCCCGGAUCCUCUCCUGAGUCCAGAGCCACCCAGAGCAUCCUCGUCCUGGUGAGCACCUUUGUGUGUUUCUACUCCCUCUCCACCAUCUGCCAAGUCUUUAUUGCUGUUUUUGAUAAUCCCAGCUGGUUGCUGGUGAACGUCUCUGCCUUGAUCAGUGGAUGUUUCCCAACUGCCUGCCCCUUUGUUCUCAUGAACUGUAACUCCUGUGUGUCCAGGUUCUACCUUCCCUGGCUGAGGAACACAACAUCCACGAAAGUGAUAACAAACGCGUAAAUUGUACGUUUUUGCACAGUGUACAGUUGUUACUUCAUUCAUUCCCC